AUGGAUGUUCAUUUGCUCGUCUACGACCUCUCUAGAGGACUGGCGAGGCAGAUGUCCAUGCAGUUCUUGGGAUUCCAGCUUGAUGCCAUUUAUCACACGUCCAUCGAGCUUGAUGGACUUGAGUGGGUCUACGACGGAAAUGUCGUGGCCAUCACGCCUGGGUCAUCUCAUCUUGGCCAGCCGAUGCAACGACUUUCUCUGGGCAAGACUGAAUUGCCGAUGGAUAGAGAUAUACACGGGACGGGCAUCCCAGAUCACAUUCUCCAUAUGCCCGAUGCAGUGCUCGACUCGCCGUUUGGGAGGAUGUUGAUGCCGACCCUGAAUCAACAGAUCGAGGCAGGCAGGCAGCAAGGCGGGAUUUUGGGCAUCCAAGGGAACGCAGAUGGGCGUGCCACAACCACAUCCUCUGGAGCGCAGCGUCAGUACCAACAGGCCGAGGUCCGACAUGCCAGCAGCGUGGGUGAGCUUGACUCUCUCCUCGCCAGUGUCGAAAAGUCGUGUGCUGUCGUCUUCUUCACUUCAGCAACAUGCGGCCCCUGCAGGAUGCUUUAUCCCCUGUAUGAUGAGCUGGCUGCUGAGGUUGGAGACAAGGGUGUUCUGAUCAAGGUCGAUAUCUCCCAGGCCUUUGACGUCGGUACUCGUUAUUCCGUCCGCGCCACCCCCACGUUCAUCUCCUUUCUGCGAGGAAAGGAGGAGAACAGGUGGUCUGGGGCGGAUCCGGGUGCGCUGCGAGGCAAUACACGGCUGCUCGUGCAGAUGGCGCAUCCAGCCCACCCACACGCAGCUCUCAGACUACCCACACUGCACAAUCCUCAUGCGAAACCUGUGCUCUUCACCAAGAUACCACCUAUACCAAAGCUUCGAGCGAAGAUGGGACCCACGGCAGAACACCCAGCUGUGGUGUCCAUUUCUCAUUUCAUCGAGGCCCGCAACAAAGAUGGUGCUGCAGAGGCAACGCUGCCCGAUAUGACUGCUCUCACAGCCUUCUUCCGAGACUCGGCCAAAUCGUUACCCCUAGACCUCAUGUUCACCGUUGUUGAUCUUCUCCGGUGCGGUCUUAUUGAUGUCCGCCUUAGCGGAUUUCUGGCCGAGGAGAAGGACCACGAGACCAUCACAUCUCUAUUAUCCUAUGUCAACAGUCUCUCAACAGACUGUCCAUAUGCUCUACGUCUCGUUACCCUGCAGAUGACAUGCAACUUGUUCAGCAGCCCCCUCUAUCCACCGCAGAUCCUCGCUCAGGAAAGCUUACGAGGUGCCGUCACAAGCCUUGUGUCCUCCAGUUUCCUCGAUGAAAGCCACAGUAGCGUUCGCGUAGCCGCUGCAUCGCUCCUCUUCAAUGUGGCGUUAGCGAACAGUCAUCACCGCAGAGCAGGUGACGGUGAUGCUUUACCAGAAGAAAAUCAGAUUGAGCUCGCGGCAUCCCUACUCGAAGCCAUCUCGCAGGAAUGCCAGUCGCCGGAAGCCUUAAGAGGAAUGCUGCUCGCGCUUGGAUACCUGGCUUAUCUGGCGCCUCUGGACGGAGAGCUGGUGGACUUGUUGAGGACAAUGGAUGCGGGUCAUACAGUCCAGGCUAAGGAAGAUAAAUUUGAUGAUGUGGCUCUUGUCAAUGAGAUUGGCUUUGAAUUGUUUGAGAAUGGUUUGAAGAGAUCAUGA